AUGGUAGAUGGUGAUCCAAAGGCAGAAUGGUUUUGUGAAAAAUGCAAUGCAAAAGAGGUUAGCUCAAGUGAGGAAGGGGAAGACGGGGAGAGUACAAUCUUGGCGCCAAGUUCAAAAUCUCGAAAAGUGCGAUACCCGACCCAGCCAGACAAUCCGGAAUCCAAACCCAGCGAUGUUGCUCAAUCCAUCAGCGACCUCAAGAACUUUUUCAUUCAUAAAUUCGACAGCUUAGAAGAAUCUCUCAAAUUCAAUGGGAAAAUAAUGGAAGACCUAACCAAAGAAAUUAAAAAAGUUCAAGAAGAAAACAAAACACUGAAAAAAGAAAACACAAAACUGAAGGAAAAACAAACAGAGAUGGAAAAAGACUUACAUUACAUCAAAACCAAGCUGAACCAAGAGGAACAAAGAAAACUCAAAAACUCAAUGGAAAUUAGUGGGAUUCCUCCAGCACCAGACCACAAACAAACUAUUCUAAAAAUUGGAGCCCUGAUGAAGAUUCCAUUGCAAGAAAAUGAUAUACUAAAUGUGAGGAAAACUUAUAUAAAAACCGGAGGAAUCAACAGUAUAACAGUAGACUUUCGCAAUGCUAUAACUAGAGAAAAACUACUUACCCAAUGUAAAGAAAAUAUUAGAAAAAAAGAAUUUCUUGAUACAAAUAAAAUUGGCAUACCAGGUGAAAAAAAAAUUGUGUACCUCAAUGAGGCUCUGACUCCUGAAACAAGGUAUCUAUUCAGUCAGGCAAAGAAAUUAAAACAAAGAAACUAUAAAUAUGUUUGGAUGAAGGAUGGAGUGGUUUAUGUCCGGAAAUCAGAGGUAGACAGAGCCAUACGGAUAAGAUUCAUAGAGGAUGUACUCAAACUUGAAGAGUAAACAUGUGCAAAGUUCCCAGUAAUAUUCUUAUAAACUGCUACUAGCCCAGAUGAAUAACAUAGUACCUGAAGUAAAUUACGUUGGCUGUAUAAAAGACUACAAUGAUAACUAUUAUAAUCUAAUAUCUAAAGAUAAUGUAAACAUUCUAUAUAUG